AAAGGCCCGAAGAACAAACACCUUCCGCGUGGCCAAACCAACGCUCACAUCAACACCGGAAAUCACCGUGCCACCCCCACGAGGUCGCUUCGCCAGCAACAUCCCCACCAUCGUCACGUCUCGAACGUCCACCGCUCCGGCCUUGAUCAUAACCUCUUCGCCUCCGACAGCCACCGCAACGUCACGCCUUCAACCUCGCUCAAAUUCAUCAUCCUCUUCGUCAUCGUCAUCCACCGGAUCAUCGCCCUCCUCCGUCACCACAAUCACCACGAUAGAGUCGCAUUCCUCAUCAACAGCGGCCACCACCGCUCCCUCGGAUGACGCCGCUCCCUCGCGAGACCUGAUCGCGGAAUACCUCGCUGCCAAAAGCCGGAGCCAACAGGCGCCGGCCAUCUUUAACUCCAAACUUCCGCCGAGCGCCGGUCCGCACGAGGAACGCCAGCAGGUGGCCCUAGCAUACAAGCAUCCCAUCCUGCUGAUGGACGAAGAGGAGGAUCCCGUAGUGUACUGCAGUGCCUCGUCCAGCAUUGGGAAGGAACGCAACCGUGACCUGGAAGUGCAAUUCGUCGAGGACAACUCGAUCGAGCUGUUGGACUGCAAGGAGGAGAUCGGCGAAGGCGAGCAGGAGUCGCUGAUCGUGCCGAAACCGAAGAAGAUCGCCUUCCAGGCGAAGGCGAGUUCCGCCAAGUCCCCGUCGAGUGAUGCCGAUGGAAAGUGUCGGUUGGUUGGUAAGGUGAAUCCGAACAUUUUGAGGACGUGGGAACAACUGAGCGGCGGCGAAGGAAGCGAGAGGAACUUCGGGAAGAAGAUGAGUGGGAAGAAUAGUCUGAUCACGGUGACGUCGUCGGAGAAUAGCGCGGGUGACAAGCAGAGCUGCCUAAUCUUCUACCGGAAUCAGUUCGAGGAUGGGGUGGAAGCGGGCGAAGAGGCGUACAAUUUCCGGGUGAUGAAGAUUCGGCACCAUCGCGGUGGCGGUGAGUCGGCGAGUGAAGAUUCGACGACGGUUGCGGAUUUAGAGGAGGAGGAUGAGGAAGGGGAGGAGUCAGCGAUGGCGAUAUCGACGGUGGCGGUUUCCAUGGCGACUUCGACGGCAACGACGGGUACAACGGCGACAACCAGUUCCGAGGGUUGCUAUGAUUUCUACGAUAGUAUUGAUGAUAGUAGCAAUCGGAUGGUGGGUUGUCGUGGCGGGGUGGGGGAUGAGGAAGAGGAGGACGGAGAGGAGGAGGAGGAGUAUGCAUUGGCGGCAGGCGAAGGGCUGGCCGAUUUUACCUCGCUGGAUCGAAAGAAGCUGAUGUGGUCGAUCGAUGUGGAAUGAGAGGGCUGGUGGGUGGGGAUGAGAGCAUACCGGAUAAGUAUCGUGUGAAGAACAAUCAGUAUUGUUGACAGUAAGUGUGUAUUUGUUUUAAAGAAGAUGCCUCUAUUUAUUAGUUUGUGUUUGUGUCUGUUUUCCGAUGGGCGAAUUGUGAGUUGAAAGGUGGUUUAGUUUCAUUGGGUUUCAUUGGGUCUACAUGUUUUGGUCGGAAUUUCAUCAAUAAGAGAAGGCUUAAAUAAAAGAAUUGAAAGAUGUGAUUAUUGAUAGGACAAAUACAGAGUACCGCUGCCAAGAAACAGCAAACGUCAAAUCUCUGAACUGGGUUCCAGCAAAUGAACUUUUGCCGAGAUUUGCUAUAGCCGAUAUCACCAUUCCAGCACUUCACUUGUGGUCGUUUCAUGAUCGGAGAUCCGAGUUCAACUGAGUGUGAAUGCCAGGCGGUCUAUGUACGAGAUUUUAGAAUAAUAAAUAUUGUCAAAGUUCCAUGGAAUACUGUCGAGUUCACCACUGAAAAUGCGAUGUCAGGCAACAUAAAUUCUAUUGCCAUGAUCAAUCUCAGUGUCAAAACACCAGUCAAUAUUCAGAAGUGCAUAUCGCUGGAGUUCCGUGACCUUUUGUUAGCAAGUACACUGAACGGCGGCUUGCGGUGAAAAUUACUAUUCUGAGGGUCAAUUUAAAUACACAACGCCACUAAAUUUCUGCAGACUGCUUUUCGUUUCAAUUCAACAGAAUUAUGUUUUCAAUUUUACCAUGGACUCGAUUUUCAAUUAAAAAAAGUUUCUUUUGACAACCGGAUUCGAACCAAGAACCUUGACAUCACCAGGCUCGCACGCUACCACUCGGCUAUCGAACCGGUUGAUGUGAGAAGAAACAAAACACACACAAGAAGCGUUGGUGGGUCGAUGAUCAUGUUUUGCCAUGGUAAAUUUAAAAACAUUGUUGUGCUUGUCAUUACUGCAAGCCGCCUUUCAGUGUAUGUAUGUAUGUAAAUAUGGUUUUGAAUCAUCCUUUAGUUGUGGAAUCAGACUAUAUCUGUGAGCAAAACUUCCAUCAAGUAGCUUCUUAGUGAAUAGACAAAAUGCAGACCUUAUUGGCGCUUUGAUUGUGCUAACCGUUGUUGUCGAAGUUCCUUGUAAUGGUCACAACAUCAUUCCUGGGACAUUGAAUUUGAAACGCAUAACAUCCUUCGGUUCCUGGACAGGUAGCGACAUUGUUUUUGGACAACCAUGAUUAAUACUAUCAAAUAUAUCACUGAAAAGGCGAUGCCGGGUGAUAUAUGUCCUACUUGUAUCAUGAACCCUGAUACGAAAACACUAAGUGAUAUUCACGGAUACAUUUCGUCUUAGUUCUACGACACAUUCUGAAUCCGGAACAGAAAACAUAGUUUCAGGCUAUCUCUCCUUGAUAAUAUCUGAGAGCAAAACUUCCAUCAUAUAGCUCUUCAGAGAAGAGAUAUCUUUUUGGCGUGGAUUCCAAGCAACUAUGGUUGUCGGAGUUCCUUAGAAUAGUAACAAUUUCGUUCAAUCGGACAAUACCCAUCUAGUUUCUGAACAGUAUCAGGUAGUGAAAUUGUCUAAGCCAUGACUAUCAUGAGCAAUUUUUUUUUUUGCAAAGCAGACGAAUUGAGUGUCAAACUGGCAUAAAUGUACCAAAUGUGCCUCGUGAGCCGGCUUUAUGACCACUGAAAAGGCAAAAUCAGGCAUUAUUAGACCAUUUUUGUUGUCGGAGUUUCAUGGAAUACUUGCACUCGACCAACAUCUUUCAGUUAUAAUAGCAAAAUCGAGCAAUGGCAACACUUUUAGGCAAUCGUUGUUUAAAAAAAAUCCUCGUGAAUAUCAGAAGAAUGAGGAGCAAACUGUCUUCAUCCAUUCAAAGAGACUUUUCUAUCCAGCAGCGCGCCUCCAUAAACCUAUUGCAAGAAAGCAGUAAAAAGUGUCGGAGUUACGUUCAAAUGCCAUCAAAUUCUCCAAUGAAAGAGUGAAAUUAGGUAAAACAUUUCAUUUUUACGAAUACAAAUUUUGCCAAAUGAUUGACCCUCGAGCAGUCGCGCCUCCUGCCACCCUCAGCUACAAAACGCACACGUGGUACGUGUACGCAUGGUACGUGUACCAUGUACACGACGCCGACUACUCUCGGGUUAAUUUUGUCGGAGUUUCCUAAACCUCUCUCAAUCUGAGGUCUUUUCGAGAAGUUUUUUUCUACGGCAUCGAAAAAUACUCAGACUAGGGGCAAGACACUGAAGGGCAGAAUUGCUCCGGAGCAAUUCAGAGCAAUUCUGCUGAUGAAAAAUCCAUCAAUCUCCUUCAGAAACGUCUUCCAAAGCGGGAAAUCGGGCAAGACUGCUCGAUUUUUCCCUGGCAUUAAUCAACACUUUGGGAACAGCAGUGUGAUCCAGAGAAAUUCUGAGCAACACUCCGAAAAAGAUAUACUAUCGCUAUCUCUUUCUUGCCCCUAGUACUCAGAUGUCAUCCUACGCUUUUCAAGGAAGCGCUAUACUUCAGACUAGAGUGAUACAUUCUUUAGGCGUCCUUUGUUGACGGAGUUCCACUGAAUGCUGACAACACCAUCCCCGCAAACAUUCAGUCGAGCAGUGUUGUUCAAUUCUUUGCAAAGUGUUAUAGAAUCUCAAGUAAACUCUCAAAUAAAUCGGAUGGAAUUCAUGGAAAGUAUGAAAUAUUUUCAUAUGCACCACUGAAAAGUCGAAAUUAAGCACAAUUUUUCGCUGCUAUGACGAAACCUAGGCCUUUGACAAUCAAUAAUCUGUCUAGUUAGAGUCGAAUUAAACUAUCUCAAUCGGACACGUUAGAAGCAUCCUAGAUCCUUAUAAAUUGUUGUUGUCGGAGUUUCAUGGAAUAAGAGCAUUCCUGCAGCAGCCAGCAACAUUCUUCAGUUUUCCGACAUAUUCAAGCAUUGGUAAUGUUUUCAGUCAAUCGUCAGCAAAUUCUCGAUGAAUUUAGGGUAAAUGUCGGGAGUUCUGUGAAACACUUUCUAAUCCACAUAGGAAGAGACGAAACGUGGCAAUAUUUUCCAUUUUUACUAUGAAGUAUAAAAGUAAGAUACAAAGUAAUACAGAGUGAUUGAUUCCGUCGGAAUUCCAUCAAGUUUCCUCAAUCCGACACAUGAAAUUAUGCGCAUGGGAAAAGUUUAUUUAUGUCCAUCGUCAUUGUUAAGAUCAUAUCAUAUUUUUGUCGGAGUUUUAUGAAACAUUCAAAUCCACCUAUGAAAAGGCAAAUUUUGGCAAUAACCUUAAUUUUUACUAUGAAUUCUAGGGACAAGACACAACGUAAUGCAGUAUUAUUUGUUUCGUCGGAAUUCCAUCAAGCUUUCGCAAUCCAACACGUAAUAAUAUGCCCUCGGGUGCGAUGUCAUGCGAUACUUUUGUAUAAUCGUGAGUAUUCUUGAGAAUCUUCAGGCAAAGUAUCGCAAAAUGCAGGUUUCUAUGUGUCUUCAAAAAUAUCCUGGAAGACAAAAAAGUGGUAAACAAUCCUAGUUUGACGUUUGAUGCAAUUGUGACGUGAUGUAAUUCGACAAAAACUGUCCUGUCUGACGUGCACGGUAAAAACAAAGAUCUACCCAAAAGUGCAGUUUGAAGUUAGGAGCGGGACACAAGUUCAAAAACAACCAGAACGAAUGAGAACAUUUGAAAAAAAAAAUGCAUGAAAGUGUACUCUUUAUGCGAGUCUUUAUUCAUUGUUUUUAGUUUAGACCCAGCAUUGAUAAGGAGCUUAAGCAUUCAUUUACUAAAUCACCGUUUCAACUCACACAAAUCGUCAAACUAUUUCUCCAUAAACUGAAAGAAAUACCAACAAAACGCAAAUCAACGAUUAAACUCAUCAUCAAAACAAACAAAAAGGUCAAUACAAAAGCCGUCCAAAGUGAAACAAACCUAAAACAUUGCUCCAAAGUAUACAUAGAUAAAUUGCUCAGAAGUGAUUUGAUUCAAGGCAAAUCACCGAUUUGAUGCGCUGAAACGUGUUUUAAACAACUCAACUCUCUUAAAAGCAAAACGGUGAAAUCACAUUUAUUUUUGAGACAAGAAAAAGAAAAGCAACCGAACAGCAGUCAAGCAGAGUGUUGUUCGAUCGAUUGAACCCAAACUCUACACUCAGAAGGAGAAACAUUGAAAUUAUAUACAUUCCAAGAGUUGCUAAGAACCGAACGCCGAACAAAUUCCAACAACGGGAUAGUGGAAACACCACACAUUUUUAAGCCAGACGAAUACACAUAUAUUUUUCUAGAGACACACUCAUCGGUAAUCAAAUUUCCUACAUAGUAUAUGCCCCAUCCAAAACUCGAGUGAUGAACGCGAAGUAACCUACAGUACUGCUACUACUUAAUGCUACUAUAAACAAAACCACAAUGAACUAUCUACUACUCUCAGAUUUUAAUCGCUGCUUUCCCAACCCUGGGGGUAUAUUUAAACCAAAAAUCAGUGAGACUAAUUGCCUACCCCUACUAGCGGAGGUGAUCCCCAUUGCCAUUGAACCAGACUCAACUCAACAUUUCGAAAUUCCCACCACAUUCGGCACACAACACACGGGUGGUGAAUUUUUGCUGUGAUAAAAAGAGAGAGAAAAAACACGACACACUGUCGUCAAAAUUUAAAACCAAAAAUGUUUAGGGGCCGUCCAUAUACCACGUGGACAGCUUGGAGGGGGGAGGGGGUUAGCGAAAAGUCCACGCUUGUCCAUGGAGAGGGGGGUGGGGGUUCGUCAAACGUCCACGUGGACAACAUUAGGAAACAAGAAUCUACAAACGAAACAAAUUAUGUCACAUUAUUGAUGAGAUUCUCUUCAACAUUUCUUUCAUACAUUUUAUUUUAUUAUACAUUGUCUUUCAGUUGUAAGUUAUUUCUUCAAGGAAAAAAGUCAUGGAAUUGAUUCACAGACUAAUUUAUUUCAAAUUAUUAGAAUGUCUAAUUACUUAGUUUUCUACAUCGAAGAAUAUCGAAUUAUUCAUAUCAAAUUUUUAAACUACUUCAAAGUUUGAAAAUACAUGUAGGGGUUUGCAAGCUCAUCUCAAAAACUUUUUUUUUGCAGGUUCUUUCAAAAUUUAAGAUGUUUCUAAUGGAUAUUAAAGUCUAAACCUCAUCAAUACAAUUUAGUUGUUGUAAAUCUUGUUUUUUGAUAAAAUCUAAGAAAUACAAUCUUAUCUCAACAAAAAUCUAAAAUUUAAAAUUACCUCAUCUCAACAAAACAAUCAGACAUCAUAGAUUGAACAAACAUUCUAAAAAACACCGUCUUCAACCAGAGGCUGCACAGACUAAACAUUGAACAAUCACUAACAUUAGGCGAUGGACAUUAUACGAAAAACACCCAAUGAAGAAUUUUCCGUUUGACGAAAAUUUUUCAUCAAUUGGAGCAAGAAUCGAACUCACGCUCUCACAAACAUUAAGCUGAAUUAAAAACAAUGUUGAAAACUUGUAGGUACCUAUUUUGUACUGUUUGUUUGUAUUCUAAGUAAAGCUAUAGAAUGUUUGUAUUUCAUAAAGUUUUCAAUUGUAUUUAAGACAUUGUUUACGAAGAAAAAAAUCAAUAUUAAAAAAAAAAGGUUUCAAAAUCACUUUUUCCAUUUAUUUUAGAAAUAUGAAAAAAAAAAACUUUUUUUCUGAUGUCCACGUGGACAUUUGGGGAGGGGGGUAGGGGUCAAUGAAAAGUCCACGCUUGUCCACGGGAAGGGGGGAGGGGGUCAAAAACCAUGCAUUUUUUGUCCACGUGGUAUAUGGACGGCCCCUUAGUUCUAACCUUUUCGGGAUUUACCUAGACCUGACGGUCUGAAAAUUAUCGAAUUUCCUUCCCCGAGAAUGAGUUGAUUCUGGUUCGGUGGGGUUUCGGGAGGAACACUAAUCGCUUGUGACGUCAAAUUCAUCGUAAUUCCUACUAGACACGCAAUCACUCAUAAAUAAACAACACAUACACGUUAUACGAUCUAGUGAGUUGAAAAACGUGGCUUCCGCCGCAGAAGCAUUCGUAAGAAUCCGUUUUUUGAAAGGUUUUCGUUUAAAAAAUGAAGUCAUCAUCAUCAUUAUCCAAGAAUCCAAGAAAGGUUCCAACUUAAACUACUAGAAACAACUAUUUAGAGAGGGAGUGCAUGCUCUACUAGAGUUAAAAAUUAAGCAAAAACAAAAGCAAAUCAAACUACACAACACAACACUCACACACAUUCGAGACACACAGAAGAAGAAAGGUGAAACAGUGGUACACCGCGCAUCACUCACCACUGUGAAGAGGCAGGCGCGAAGGCAGCCGCCAAAUUCCUUCAAAUUUCAUUUCAUGUUUAUAUAAAUAUAGAUAUGGUGUAAAUAUUAUUAACCUGAAACUGAAUCAGCGCGAAGUCGCGGAAAUGAACGCAAUGAUGUGCGAGAGCAUACAUCCACGCAAAUGCAGAAGAAGAAUUGAGACAGCCUAUACAUAGAGGAGGGUGGACCUGUUUGACAGAUGUAAUGAUAAUAGUAAUUAUUAUUAUGAUUAUUAAAAUUAUUAUUAUUAUUUGAAAAUACAAAAAAGUGGAAAAAUGUUAUAUAUUUCAAUUAAAUUAAACAAAUAAAAUGAUAAAAAUGA